GGGGCGGGAAGUAGGGGAAAGAAGUUUGCUGGAGGGAACCGAGCGCUUCGGUCGGAGCCGUUCGGUUACCGGAGAGACCCGGGACUGCGGCGGCGGCCGGGACAUCCCGCGCCUGGGGCUGGACGGAACUGGAGCGUCGCUUCCCGCCACGUGUGCACCUUGAGACCCCAGGCUCAAGGACCUCAGGCCCACCUCUUGUUUGGCUGGCCCAAGACUGCAUCCAAAGAAAACCACUCACUUACAGGCACUCCAGGCCGUGCAGAGUGAAGUCUGGAAGCCACUUGCUGCCGCUUACAAAGACCAGCUGGACAGACCAGUGAUACCCCACAACUACCAAAUUGGUGACGCGGUUUGGGUCCGCAGACAUCGGACUAAGAAUUUGGAACCCCGUUGGAAGGGACCCUACACUGUGCUGCUGACUACUCCGACUGCUCUCAAGGUCGACGGCAUUGCGGCCUGGGUCCACGCCUCCCACGUAAAAGCGGCCCGACCGGACGAGAAAACAUCAGAAUCAUCAUGGAAGGUUCAACGUUCUCAAAACCCUCUAAAGAUAAGACUUACUCGGGAGCCCCCCUAAUCAUUUUAUGGGCCCUGAUAGGACUGGGAGAGGGGGGGGAAGCCAAGAGCCCUCAUACGGUUUAUAAUAUAACUUGGAGAGUCACUAACCUUAUGACAGGACAGGUUGCCAAUUCCACCUCCAUGCUGGGAACCACGAAAGAUGUCUUUCCAACCCUAUACUUUGACCUCUGUGACCUAGUGGGGGAUUCAUGGAAUCCAUCAGACCAGGAGCCAUUCUCCGGGUAUGGCUGCCACCACCCUGGGGGACGGCAUGGAACAAGAGCCAGGGAUUUCUAUGUGUGCCCAGGUCAAAACUUUAGAAAAGAAUGCGGGGGGCCCGCAGAUGGGUACUGCGCCCAAUGGGGCUGCGAAACCACCGGAGACGCCUACUGGAAGCCAUCCUCUUCCUGGGACCUAAUCACCCUUAAGCGAGGAACCACCCCUGGUUACACGGGUGCAGGACCUUGGGUAUGCAGCAAGGACUGGUGUGGCCCCUGUUAUGACUCCUUGACUAAAAAUGUUACGGGGGCCACCUUGGGAGGCAGAUGCAAUCCUCUGAUCCUCGACUUUACCGCCCAAGGCAAAACAGCAGUCUGGGAUGGUCCCAAGUCCUGGGGACUGCGUCUCUAUCGCUCAGGAUAUGACCCUGUCACUAUGUUCUCCUUAACGAGGCAAAUAGCUUCUGUCUCAUCAACAGUAGCUGUCGGGCCAAACGCGGUCUUGUCAGAACAGAAGCCCCCUUCUCAGCCAGCACCCCCUCCCAGACCCAGACCAGUUCCCGCCCAAAAUCUCUCCACCACCUUGGCCCCAUCUUCGCACAAUAAUACUCCAACUCCUCUGCAGGGUACAGGGGACAGACUCCUCAAUCUAAUCCAGGGGGCAUACUCGACCCUCAACUAUACCAGUCCAAACUUGACCGAGGAAUGCUGGCUAUGUCUGGUUUCGAGGCCCCCAUACUAUGAGGGAGUAGCUAUAAUUGGCAAUUAUACCAACCAAACUGAGGCCACGGCCUAUUGUGCAUCCCCCUCCCAACAUAAACUUACCCUGUCAGAGGUAUCGGGUCGAGGGACCUGUGUGGGAGGAGUCCCUAAAACCCACGAGUCACUGUGCAACAGUAUCCAUCCACUUCAGACUUCCUCCACUGGAUAUCUGGUGGCACCCAAUGGAACCUACUGGGCAUGCAGUACGGGUCUCACUCCCUGUGUUUCCCUUACGGUCCUUAACACAACCUCUGACUAUUGCGUGUUAAUAGAGCUGUGGCCCAGAGUAACCUAUCAUACCUCUUCAUAUAUUUAUGAACAAUUUGAAGAGAGGCCACGAAUUAGACGAGAACCAGUGUCCCUCACACUGGCCCUUAUGCUGGGAGGACUGACAGUAGGGGGAAUAGCUGCGGGAGUGGGAACAGGGACCGCUGAGCUAGUUGAGACCCAACAGUUCCAACAAUUACAAGCAGUCAUGCACACAGAUAUCAAGGCCUUGGAAGAAUCAGUCAGUGCCUUAGAAAAGUCCUUGACUUCCUUAUCCGAAGUGGUCCUGCAGAACAGACGGGGGUUGGAUGUUCUAUUCCUACAGCAAGGGGGGCUUUGCGCAGCCCUAAAAGAGGAAUGUUGCUUCUAUGCUGAUCACACAGGUGUAGUCAGGGACAAUAUGGCAAAACUCAGGGAACGACUCAAGCAGAGACAGCAGUUAUUUGAGUCACAACAAGGUUGGUUCGAGGGUUGGUUCAACAGAUCUCCAUGGUUUACCACCCUAAUCUCCUCCAUAAUGGGCCCCCUCAUAAUCAUACUGUUAAUCUUGCUGUUCGGGCCUUGUAUCCUCAACCGUCUGGUUCAGUUCAUGAAAGACAGGCUGUCAGUUAUACAGGCCUUGGUCUUGACCCAACAAUACCACCAACUUAAACAGUUUGACCCUGAAGGUGUAGGAAACCAAGUCAGCUGAAUAAAGGAUUUUAUUCAGUUUAAAGAAAAAGGGGGGAAUGAAAGACCCCCACUCAAUAAUAGCAGCUAGCAGCAGUAACGCCAUUUCGCAAGGCAUGAAAUUUUACCAGCGCAGAGGACAGGGAAGCUCAGUUAAAGUUCAGCUCAAAAAAACAAGGGCGGCGGGGGCCAAGCAGGAUAUCUGUGGUCAGAUACCUGGCCAUGAGCAGGGGAACAGAAACAGCUUAUACCCUAGAUAAACGAAGUUAACUUGCAUAUCUGAUUUCUUGGAAACCCCCUGGAAGUACCCAGCUGUCCCUAGUUUAAACCCGAGCCUUGUUUAAAUUGUCCAAUCAGAACCCUGUAACUACGCUUCUCGCUUCUGUACCCGCGCUUUUGCUCCCCGACCCUAUAAAAACCCACUGCUCCAGCCUAAAGGCGCGCUAGUCCUCCGAGAGACUAAGUCGCCCCAGGUACCUGUGUAUCUGAAUAAAGCCUCUUGCUUUUUGCAUCCGAAGAGUGGUCUCGCUGUUCCUUGGGAGGGUCUUCCCAGACUGGAAGGCACCCCACUUCGGGGGUCUUUCAAACUCACAGAGAUCCACUUGCCUCUGUCUGGGAUUAAUGGCGUGCACCACCACCGCCCAGCUCACUUUUGGUAUUUCAAAAACCUUUGGGGCUGCUCACCAUUCAAACCUUUGGAAAUGCAGGGGAAGUCAGGACUGUUAAUCUGGGAAAGGGGACAGUGAUUGAUUCCUUCAUGACUAUCCCUGAAUGUGCCCAUCCCCUUUGCUGGGAAGAGACCUCCUAAGCAAGCUCCAGGCAACUCUUAUUCUCAGGAGAUAUGCCUAAACCACAACCAGGGUGCCCAGCCACAGUCCUGACCAUCACCUGUCCCUUAAGUGAGGAGUUCCUCCUCUUCCUCCUCUAGGGUCUGAACCAAGCCCCUGAGAGGAAAUUAAAAGAGCAAGUGAUCAGGGACGUUCCAGCUCUCUGGGCUAAAGAUAGUCCUUCUGGUCUGGCUAAGCAUGUUACCAGUUAUAGUUCAGCUGACUUCUGGGGCCAUGCCCAUCUGAGUCAGAUGGUAUCCCAUCAGUACAGAGACCAGAGGGACUCAAUUGCCUCCUCAAGGCAGGCAUACUCAUCCCAUACCAUUCAGCAUGGAAACCCCCCCCCCCAUUACUAGUCCAAAAACCUGGGAUCAGGACAGUAUAGGAUUUAAGGAGAGCACAUGAGUGAGUGGAACCUGUUUGCCCAACUGUUCCCACCCCUUAUACUCUGUUCAGCAUGCUGCUGCCUCAGCAUCAGGUUUAUACUGUACUGGAUCUAAAGGAGGCAUUUUUCUAUUCCCUUGUCAGAAUUAAGUCAGCCUAUCUACAUUUAAACAGGCUGACCCUGAACUGAGAAUAUUGGGGCAACUGAACUGGACCCGAUUACCUCAGGGGUUUAGGAAAUCCCCUGCCAUCUUUGAUGAAGCCCUCAACCAGGAAGUCAUAAUUUGAAUACCCUUUUCAACUACAAAGAGGCAGAUUAAGGCGUUCUGGGGUUUCAUUGGGUAUUGCUGCCCCUGGAUACCCAAGUUUGUUGACGUCGCCAUACCCUUUUGCGCAGCCAUGGCAGGGACUUAAAACCCCUUUAUGGAGUGCUCUGAGGGAAGUUAGCAGGUCUUUUGUUUCUGUUUUG